GAACAAAAAUAAUAUCGUUAUAUUCGUCGUUCGAUCUUCUGUUAUCAACAGCGCUAUUAUUUGUUCUUAUUCAUGUAUUGUCGGUAACGUAGAACGUAAUGUUUUAAUGAUAAAGGAGAAAAAAAUAAGUUUGUUGCGCGCGCUUGUCAGAUCUAUAUUAUAUUUUCUCUAUGCUCUUUGAUAACAGACGCUGCUAUAUCAUUCAAUUUAUCUGAAUUUAUCAGAGAGUUUACGUAUUUCUUCAAUCGUGUUAAACGCUUAUCUCACUAAUUAUAUCUUUCAGAUCUUUUCAUCGAUAUAAUGAACGUCAUCGUUUCUAAAUAUUUUUAUUUCGAUUUAUUAGACGAUUAUAUUCUAUAGCAGUUGUCUCAUAUAGUUAUCUUGUCCUUAUAAAUACAUUCGUAUAUAAUUCAUUCUUUUUUUUUUUUCUUUUCCCUAUAAUUUCGUUCUAUGAUCACAUUCCUUUAGCAUACGUAUUUCCAUACGUAGAUCGUACACCUGAUACGUUUUUUUAAAUUAACGUAACCUUUUUAAAAUGGAGAGGAAUAAAUCAGAAAGUAAGCACACAGCACAGUCUCUGUAUAAAGCGGAGGGAAUAUUGGAUCCGGAAACACGUUUGAAAAUACUCUCUGAGAAAGCUUCUAGAGUGAAAAUAAAUCAUAACAUUCCACCUCAUAGAUAUUAUCGUUCUGGAAUACAAAUGAUCACACAAGCUGAUGUAUAUGUCAAGGAGGGCAACUAUGAAGAAGCAUAUCAUUUAUAUCUAAAGUUUAUAACGCUUUUUGUAGAAAAAAUGCAGCAUCAUCAGAUGUAUCAUAUGGUAACAGCAAAAGAUAAAGCGAUGAAUAAGCAAAAAUUGCGGGAAGUUAUUCCAAAAGCAGAGGAAUUAAAGAAACAAUUAUUGAAACAGUAUCAAGCUUUAUUAGAUAAAUAUUUGGAAGAUGUGAAAAAAGCUGAAAAAGCAGAUGCAGAGAGAUUAAAACACGAAGAAGAACAGAGAUUAAAAGAAGAAGAGGAAAGAAAAAACAAAUUAGCAGCAUUAGAAGCUGUGAAAGCUGCUAAGAUUGCUGCAAGUACGUUAUUGGUGACAACUGAUGAUACGAGAUCCGUAAAGUUGCCCACGCCAAGUCUUAAGCCACCGACAAGUUUAUCCAUAACUAGUAGAUCUCAAUCUUUAAAGGAUAACAGUAUACCUACGGUGGAUCGUUCAACAAAGCCUACCAUACUUUUGGGUGAUAGUGGCCAAUUACGUGAUAUUGUUUUGCCUAGCAAACUGAUAGAAAAUUUCCUUGCGCUAGCAUUUAGUAACACAACAAAUAAUAAAGAAACAUGUGGCAUACUAACAGGAAAAUUGGAACAAAAUAAAUUGUUGAUCACUCAUUUAUUAAUUCCACAACAAACAGGUUCUCCUGAUUCCUGUUUAACACUCAAUGAAGAGGAUAUUUUUGACUUUCAAGAUCAUCAUAAUUUAAUUACUCUUGGAUGGAUACAUACGCAUCCUACUCAAACAGCUUUUCUAUCUAGUGUGGAUCUUCACACUCAUUGUUCUUAUCAACUUAUGAUGGCAGAGGCAAUUGCUAUUGUUUGCGCACCCAAAUAUGAUGAGACAGCUUUCUUUAUUCUGACUCCAGAAUAUGGUCUAGAUUAUAUAGCUAAUUGCAGAGAGACCGGUUUUCAUCCUCAUCCAACAGAGCCUCCGCUUUAUAUGAAAGCAAAACAUUGUAAGCUAAAUCCAAAUGCACCUGUGGAAGUAAUAGAUUUAAGAAGAAAAUGACAUCUUUGAAUUGUUUAGAAUCAAAUUUAACGUAUACAAAUACGUUUUGAUAAAUUCCUGCAAGAUUACAAAUUGUACCAUCUUAAAGAUCGUGUAGGUAUAUUCUUUUUUGUUUGAUAUCUUUUAUGUUCAUUCAUUGAUGUAAAUUUCUAUUGUUAAAGGUGUAUCUAGGUGAUUGAUAUACAGACAGCUUUCAAUGUGAAGAAGUAUUGAACACUGACUUCUUAACUAUCUCUGAAAUAUUAUCGCUCUACUUUGAGCAUUAAAUAUACAAAAUUAAUAGAUAUUUUUCACUGUAAACUAUAAAAUGAAUAUUAUGAAAUUUUAGCCAGUUUAAAAAGUGCAUUUAUAUAUAGAGCGUCAACAAUAAUAUUCAAAUUAAACAAGUAAUCUUCAAAUAACUUUGCUGUAGUAAAAAAUGAACUUAAAUUUUAUAUGAAUAUUGUUCUCUCCGUAUAAAGCUUUAUCUAUAUAUAUACAUAAGUUUACUGUGCCUUUGAAAAAAAAAUAAUGGUGUUCAUAGUGCUUCAUAUUAAUUAUAAUAUCUAUAAUCAGACAUCUUACAAUUAGUAUCAAUAAUUAUUUUUUAAAGUUCAUUAAAGAUAUUUAUAUCACAAUUAGCAAAACACUACUACUUAUGAUCCAGAAUAAAUAAUUCAUUGAAAAAAAAAAAAAAAAAAAAAAAUACAAUGUCACUUACGUUAAAAGCCAUAAUUUAAAAUAUAUACGCACUCACUUCUACAUUUUUGUAUUAUUGUACAUUAUACUAUAGAGUUAUACUUUAAGAAUAUGCUAUACAAUAUCUUGUGCUUUAGCUUGGAGAUGUCUAAACUUGGAUUUCGUUUAUUUAAAAUUGUAAUAAGAAUCGAUAAAUGGAAUAGCAAUAAUAAAAAGUGCUUGUUUUAAAAA